AUGGCCUCACAGUUCAACCCGAACAUUAUAUAUGCCGACCUCCCCAAAGUCCCCUCCCUGGCCAAGACCCACGGUAUCCUCAUGGGUUUGACCUUCGCCGUGAUUCUCCCACUCGGCGCCCUCCUCAUUCGAAUCCCCAAUGUGAAAUACGGGGUUUGGAUACACGCAGGAUGGCAGCUCAUCGGAUGGGCAUGCAUGAUAGCCGGCAUGGUCAUGGGCAUCCGUAUGGGAAAUAUUCUAGACAGGCUGCACAACAAUGCACACACCAUUCUGGGCACCAUCAUCGUCGUUGCGCUAUUGAUCCAGCCUUUCCUUGGGUAUAUCCACCACCGACGGUUUAUGAAAACCCAACGAAAGGGCAUAUGGACGCGCAUUCAUGUGUACUACGGACGGGUGCUGCUGAUCUUGGGAAUAAUAAACGGUGGUUUGGGAUUGCAGCUUGCUUCUGACUCUCCCGCCUACAGUCGCGCUGGGGAAAUCGCAUACUCGGUCGUCGCAGGAGUAGCAGGGCUUAUGUUACUUGCAAUUAUGGCGUUUACUUUUAGGCAAUCGUCGAAAACUGCAAAGACUUAG